AAAAACACAACAACUAACGCUGGGUGUCCAAUAUUAACCGUUAGAUUUUGUACACGUCAUCGAUCCUCAUCAUCAACGGCUGAGAUCAAACUUCAACGGAACUAUUCUCUCAAACGGAGAGCUUCUCUCUCGAUAAAAAUCUCGCCUCUCUUCUCCCAAUUGCAAUUCAAAAUAUUGAAUCAAAUUCGCAAAUUACAAUGGCUGUAAGCGACAACGAGAAGGAAGUUCUAGAACACAAAACUGAAGCUGAAGAGUUGGACGGUCAGGAUGACGUUGAAGUUGAAGAAUUGGACGGUCAAGAUGAUGCCGAAGUUGAAGAAGAUGUAGCCGACGACGACGACGACGACGAAGAUGAGGAUGAAGAUGAUGACGAAGAAGAAAGCGAGGAUGAUGAAGACGACGACGACGACGAAGAGGAGGAUAUGGGGACUGAGUACCUUGUUCAGCCUGUGGCUCGUGCUGAAGAUGAAGAAGAGGCUAGUGACUUUGAACCAGAUGAGAAUGUGGAGGAUGAUGAAUUUGAAGACGAUGAUGACGACGACGAGGAUGAGGAUGUUGACGAUGCUGGAAAGGUCGAGUCUCCACCAAAGAGGAAGAGAUCAGGCAAGGAAGAUUCUGAUGAUGGCGGAGAGGAUGAUGUGCGGCCAUCCAAGAGAUAGAGCUUUUGUCUAUGGUCAAUUUCCCCGCACCCGCCCUCCCCUCUGUAGCCCCUUUGUAGAACGGUAUCAUACCGAGUACAAUUCUAUGGCAAGUGUAGUUUCAAGGUAGUUUAGUUUUAGAAAUGCGUAGUCAAAAUGGUUUCUCAGAACAGGUGGAAACUAGGUUCAGUUUUAUGCAACUUAUGAAAGUCUCAAGUAGCUUAAUCUUUUAAAGAUGGGAUUAUAGUUC